AUGGCUUUCAUUCGUGAUGGAACGAUUUUGGCAGUUUUGCAGUCGUCAUUGCUCUUUGGUUCAAGCUAUGCUGCCCCAGCAUCUGGAAUCAACCCUUCUCAAGCUUCGAUAUUGAGUCAGCAAGCAUAUAAUUUAUGUCUCUACGAGUCUUCCCUUGGAUUAGAACACGAACCUUGUACUUCAUUCGGCGUUGCCGGGCUCCCUCCUAUGACCACUGUCAUAAGAAGUCAAGAUUCUACAGCAACAUUUCUCGCAUCUUUUCUUACCGAGUAUGCGGCCCUCACGAGUCCCAUUCUAAUUGACACUGUGAUCGAUGGUACCAGCACGCAAGCAUACGUGGGUGAACAUGGUCAAGUUUGGGCAAAGCUGGGCGACGUGGGCAUUCCUUCUCCGACUGAAGUCCCAGAUCCUCCUAUCACCAACGAGAAAGAGUUGAAGAGAGGUGUUGGCAAAACAACCAAGAAAACGACGGCAGUCCAGCAGCCGACCACCAAAGCGCCAACUUCAACGACGACAGCUCAAGCCCCACCGCCAACCACUACCAAAGCUCCUUCUCAAACUACCACUUCUCAGGCAUCCACGUCCAUCACAGCAACAACUUCUUCGUCAAUCGUGGUUACGCCAAGUAGUACAAGUACUAGUCCUGCUCCUGUCGUCACGAGUUCUACAUCGAAGACAACGUUGAGCAGCUCCCAAAGUACCUCGAGCUCUUCUAUCGUGUCAGUUCCAUCAGUGACAUCAGCUUCCACUACUAAAUCAGUCGUGUCUUCAUCUUCAUCUUCUAUAACCUCUUCUAUCACCACUUCGUCUGCAUCCUCAACUGGCUCCAUCCCGGGCUCUAUUACGGGAUCCAUCACGGGAUCCAUGACCAAAAGCAGCGGAACCUUGACAGGCUCAACCCCAUCUACUCUGUCAGGAUCAUCAUCCACAUCUGCUUGUAUUGCAUCCACCUAUGUUUCUGCCGGUUCCACCUACACUGCCAAAUGUACCGGUGUCCCAGUCUCCUCGAGCUCAACAUGCAGACCAUCCACGUACGUCACAAGUGGAGCCACAAUGACAGCAUCUUGCAAACCUACUAGUUCUGUUUGUAGCGCAUCAACAUAUGUAACCAGUGGAUCGACCAUCACGGCAGGAUGCACCAUCACAUCAGCUUGUACCGCAUCGACCAAAAUCAUCAGUGGUAAAACAACAGUCGCCUCAUGUACUCAAGCUUCUAUAAAAAUUGCUUCGUGGACGACGAAUAAGGUGGAACAGAGUGGGGUAAAAGCUACAGCUUUCAAUUCUGCCAAAGCUAGUAGUGUGGCUUCAGGAAUCCAAGCUCUUCUUUCACAGUGGAACGGUAUGGGCAACAAUUCGACAGAGACUAGCGGCGUAACAUCUUCCUCGGGAAGUAUUCCUAAAGUCACAUCGGUUUCGCUAACGACUUUUGCUACUUCGAAAGUCCCAUCGUCGACUGGAGCAGCUAUCAAAAGAAGGGGGCUCUAG